AUGAUAGACCAAGGCCGACUUGAGGUCAGCAGUGAGAGGGAAGAGGAACAACAUGUAUACAUGCAGUCGGCAGAUGAAGAAGGACCUAAAAAGCCUAAACCCUUGGUAAUACAUUUCACCAGGGACACGGCUCCCCAAAGACCUCAACACCCCUUGACAGUGUCGGGCGGUAGAUCUAUUCCGUUUCCUUACAAGAACAACUGCGCAGUUCCGUGGAGGUAUGCUCCUCCGAGCAGUAGGAAGGAAGAAGCUACCGACAUCAGCUCACUAUCGGACAAAGUGACCAAUAUCACCGGGCUAAGCGGCAUAACCCGCAGCGGUCGCGUGUUCGCACCCCCUAGCCUGUCGAUACAGCUCGCAAACACUAAAGGGAAAGCAAGGAUGACCGAAGGACAAAAUGUCAAAGUGAUCCCCGUGCCGGACGAGGAUGUUCCGAUGAAGGAUCUUUCUGAGGGACGAGAGGGCUGUGGCAAGAAGGAGGUAUCACUCGAGGAGGCUGAUGAGUUCCUCCGCAUUAUCCAACAAAGCGAGUUCAAAGUCAUUGAACAACUCAACAAGAUCCCAGCUAGAGUCUCCCUUCUGGAACUGCUCAUGAGCUCUGAGCCUCAUCGAGCUUUGCUGGUAAAGGUCUUGAAUGAAGCUCACGUAGCCCAAGACAUUUCCGUAGAAGGCUUUGGGGGAAUCGUCAAUAACAUCACAGCCAACAACUACCUCACCUUCGCUGAAGAGGAAAUCCCCGCCGAGGGGAGAGGACAUAACAUGGCUUUACAUGUGUCAGUCAAAUGCAUGGAACACGUUAUGGCCAAAGUACUCAUCGACAAUGACUCAAGCCUGAACGUGAUGCCUAAAAGAAUGUUGGAGAAAUUGCUAUUUAAUGUUUCCCAUCUAAGGCCAAGUUCCAUGGUGGUCCGUGCCUUCGACGGCAGCCGCCAAAAGGUAAGGGGAGAGAUCGACCUCCCAGUACAGAUAGAGCCUCAUACCUACCAGGUUACAUUCCAAGUGAUGGAUAUCAACCCGGCCUAUAGCUGUCUUUUAGGGCGUCCAUGGAUCCACUCAGUGGGAGUCAUCCCCUCCACACUCCACCAAAAGUUGAAGUUUGUAGUGGAAGGACAUUUGGUCAUAGUAUCAGGUGAGGAAGACAUCCUGGUAAGUUGUCCUUCCUCUAUGCCAUACGUGGAAGCCGUGGAGGAGUCAUUGGAAAUGACUUUCCAAUCUUUUGAGGUAGUAAGCAUUGCCUCCGUAGAUUCCCUCUCUAGGCAGCCCCGCCUGUCCGAUGCGGCAAUGAUGGUGGCCCGGGUGAUGCUGGGGCACGGUUAUGAGCCCAGAAUGGGUUUGGGCAAGAACAACGACGGCAGGACUAGCUUGGUAAGCACCAGAGGAAACCGCGGGAAGUUUGGGUUAGGCUAUAAACCUAUGCAGGCUGACAUAAGGAAAAAUAUCUCGAAAAGGAAGAACAAAGGCCAAGGCUCGCGAUCCGACGACGAGUCCCACGAAGGUACUAAUACCGGGGACUUGGUCGUCGAUUUCGAGCAAGAAGCAAGUCCGACGGAGGAUGAAGAGGACGAGGAUGUAGGGCUUCCCCUAGAGCUGGAGAGGAUAAUCGCUCAGGAGGAUCGAGAGAUGAGGCUGCAUCAAGAAGAGACAGAACUCGUAGACUUAGGAACCGAUAAUCGAAGAAGGGAAGUAAAAGUAGGCACGGAUAUGCCCGGUUUGAGUUCUGAUAUCAUACAACACUGA